AGGUAUGAGCUGCAGAAUAUACCUACUUUUAUUCCUUAUUUUUGUUAAAUUUUUAUCAUAUUAAUUCACAUAUUAAUGCUAAAGUUAUUACAAACUUCUUUAUAUAGGUUAGCUCAUCACUCACCUACUUCAUUCACAGACACAUUAGUUGGAAGAGAAGUUUGCAAAGUAUCAGAUUUUUGUUGUGUUUGAUAUCUCAAGUUAGUGUGGAUCUUCCCACAAAUAAUGGAAGGGUGCAACAGAAAACUAAAGCUUUUUGGGAUCACAAAUCAACUGAAAAUUUUGUCAAAGUAUGUUUGGAUCAAGUUUCCAAGGGAGAACGUGUUGGUACAAGCUAUACAAAAAAAGGAUGGAAAGAGAUCAUUUCUCGAUUUCAUGAGUUAACCGAAAGGAAGUAUGAAAAAAACACAAUUAAAGAAUAGAUAUGAUAGUCUUAGAAAGGAUUGGCGUGCAUGGUAUAACUUAUUCGGAAAUGAAACUGGAUUAGGGUGGAAUCCUGUGAAUAAUAGUGUUGUAGCACUGGAUGAGUGGUGGGAGAGUAAACAGCUGGUAUGUUAUAAGAAAAAUUUGUAUUUGUAGUGUUUGACAAUAGUUCUUUUAUAUUUGUAGUGUUUGACAAUAGUUCUUUUAUAUUUGUAGUGUUUGACAAUAGUUCUUAUAUAAAUUAUAGACAUAUUUGAUAAUAGUUCUUUUAUAUUUGUAAUGUUUGACAAUAUUUCUUUUGGAUUAAAAUGAACUAUUGUAUUGAAGAAUCAAAUGAAGAUGAUGAAAUUUUUGAACAAGCUUCUCUAGUGGCUACACUAACCGGAGGUUAUGCAUUAAAAUAUUUAUGCAAAGAGCCGUGUAGAACUAGUGAACUAACAGGACAUACAUGGGUAAAAGAAAUAUUACAAGGGAAUCUCACUCGUUGUUAUGGGAUGUUUCGAAUGGAAAAACAUAUUUUUCAUAAACUUUGCAAUAAAUUAGUUUAUCAUGGUAUAAAGCACACUAAUCACAUAGGAGUUGAGGAGAUGGUUGCAAUGUUCUUAAUUAUAGUUGGACACGGGGUGGGUAAUAGAAUGAUUCAAGAAAGAUUUCAAUACUCGGGAGAAACUGUACGUAGACAUUUUCAUGAAGAGUUAUUUGUUUGCUUGAGUUUGUCCAUGGAAUAUAUUAAACCUCAAGAUCCUUUUUUCCAUGAUAGUCAUUCAAAAAUUAGAAAUGAUAAACGAUAUUGGCCAAUUUUUAAAAAUGCCAGAGGAGCAAUUCAUGGUACACACAUUCCAUGUGUGGUUAGUGCCGGUGAUCGAAUUCGAUUCAUUGGAAGAAAGGGAUAUCCUACACAAAAUGUAAUGGUUGUAUGCGAUUGGAACAUGUGUUUUACUUUUGUAUUAGCUGGAUGGGAAGGUACUGCCCAUGAUGCUUGUAUUUUUGACCAAGCUCUCACAAAUGCUAAUAUGAAUUUUCCACAUCCUCCUCCAGGUAUGUACUAUUUGGUGGAUGCCGGUUAUCCAACACCAAUGGAAUAUCUUGGUCCAUAUAGAUGUGAACGUUACCAUCUUCCUGAUUUUAGACGGUCUCAUGGGUUUGAUAAUCACAAUGAGGUAUUAAAUUUUAUCAUUCAAGUUUAAGGUGCACAAUAGAAAGAACUUUUGGCAUAUGGAAUAAUAGAUUUACAAUUUUACACCGCAUGCCUAAAUUCUCAAUAAAGACACGGGUUGAAAUAGUUGUUGCAACAAUGACUAUACACAACUUUAUUAGAAGGAAUGCUGAAAUGAAUUUUGAUUUCCAUCGUUAUGAAGAUGAAGAUACAGACGUUGAUCACGACGAUUAUCGUAGACCGAUUGACUUGGGUUCAUCUCAAAAUUUAAAUAUAGCUUCUUCAUCUGAAAUGAAUCAUGUUAGAGAUUCAAUUCGUGAUCAAGUUAUAGAAUUAAAAAAAAUUAAAAUCGUAUUAGUGUUUCAAAUUUGUAUUGCACUUUAUAUUAUAUUUUCUACUUGUAGUUUGAUUUGAGUACUUCAUAUUUAACAAGGACUUGUGUUUGAACUUUUAUUUGAAUGAUUUAUUUUUAAAACCCUUUUUAGUCAUUUGCACACCCAAAAGCAAUUUUGAUAAAAAUAUUCAAACAACAUUUUCCAUAUAAAUCACUUUAGCUGUGAAUAUACCCAAACAUAAACCACUUUAUAUUAAACUCAAUUUUAAUUAAAAUCAAUUAUGUAAAAUCAAUUCCCUCAAAAUCAAUUUUUUUCUUCGUAGAACCAAACACACGCAUAGUCGAUUUGAUUUUAAGCUACUCAAUAUUUAAUCCAACAACCACCUCCUUAAGUGUUCUCCUGAUACAUUGUAUAAUAGGAUCGAAUAUUUGUAUCCCAUUCAUGAUUUUCUGUCAAGUCAAACCAAAGUUUUGAUACCACUUGUUAAAUGUCAAAUGAACGUCAAGAGCAUCAAUCUACCAAGACUAUAACAACUUUUUAAGGAAUAUGUUACAUUUUCACUCAAAACCUUAUGACAUAAGGUAUACGAGUCACUUCUCUAAAAUAUCCGACAUUUAUUCCAUCCAUUAACCCAGUAGCGGAAUCAGAAAUUUUAGGCAGCCUGGGCAAAAAAUUUAACCGCAAGUUACAUGUGAUAUAAUAUAUAAAUAGUUAUAAAUCAGCUAAUUUUGUCCUGUUUUUACAAAUUUUGCCCCUGAUUUUAACCUUCUUUUUACUAAUUUUGACCCUGAUUUUAUCUAAAAAUUACCUAUUAGAUUAGAGGGAGUACAAAAAAAAAAUAGGAGCUGAGCCCGGGUGCGUGCCCGGACUAGCUGGACCAUGGAACCGCCCCUGCAUUAACCCAUGAAUAUCUCUCUCAUUUUAACAAUUAAUAACUUUAUUUGUUUUGAUCAUAAAAAAAAUUUUAAAUAAAAAUAUACAUACAUACAAAAAAAUAUUUUUUGUUUUUAAAUUUCAAUUUUUUUUUAAAAUUUGUCUUUUUGGUUUGAAAAUGAUUUAGUGUAUAUUUGGUUUGAUUUUUUGGAAUGACUAAAAACAAUUAUAGAAGUAUACAAUUAAUUUUGGGUGAUUUUAAG